AUGUUCUCGCCGCUGUCUUGCGACGCCUUCGUCGCCCCGCAGGGCCCGUGCCAUGUGCGCCUGCUGAAUGGUGUUGCCUUCCCGGCAUACGUGCUUUUCUGUGAUCCGGAAACCGGUUGCAUUGGCUGCCUUGUGCCGAGCGAGGCCGCUGCUUGGAAUCUUCGCCUGGUUCCGCGGACCGCCCUCGUUCAGGUGGAUGCCAUGGCGCCCGGUGGUGACAUGCCCUGCCCGCCGGCCGAGCUCCUGACCGCGCUGCAUGGCCUCUCUCGGCGAGGGGUGCGUGACCGGGUGAGCGGCCCGGCCGGGGCCUGUUCGCCGGACCUCUCGGCCGAUGUGGCCACCCUGCACUGCAUGCUCCGUGAGGCCGGUGUCCCGGUCGACCCGCUGCCCGGGGAUUCCUCCUCGGUGGAGAUGUCCCUCUUCGAGGGUCUGGUAACAAUCCGCCUGCUCCGGCCCGUGGCCGAGGCCCUGCAAGCGGGCGGCCCAGACGCCCUGCGGCAAACGUUCCUGGUGAAGGCGGCCUCGCCGUCGUUGGAUGUGCGCGCGCACCAGCUCCUGGCAUCGACUCUUCUCUCGGGUGCCGGGCGCUUCGGGCCGAAGUAG